GAUACAACAGAAGAGGAGAAACAGAGAGCAGACGGACCAAACACUUCCAGAGUGAAGUUUGACUUCUGUUUUGUAGGAAUGAGUGGUUUUAAUGCACUGACACACAACAGGAGUAUUAUCUUACUGGUCAGAUCAUCGCUGACGACGUGAUCCCACAUUCAUCUACCUCCACAGCUCUUGUUUGGAAUCCGUGAGAUUCACCAUCAUACCUCCAACAUGAGCGAUGACAGGGACAGACACAGGCCCGAUAGGAGCCGCAGCCACAGCCACGGACUCAGACAGCCUCAAAACGUCAAACCCAAACCCAACCAGAAUGAGAGGAACAGCAAAGAGGACCACUGGAAGAAGGAGAAGCCUGUCAAAGUGAGGAGAUCCAGGAGCACGGACUCAGAGAGGGCAGAGAGAGGCCGGAGGAGAGAGCGAGACAGGCACCAGGGGGAGAGGAGGCAGAGAGGGAGGAGUGAGGAGGCCCGAAGGAGAGACAGGAGAGAGGGGGAGAGUGACAGAAGAAAGGUGAAGCCCCCUGAGGAUGACGUGGAAGAUACUGAGUGUGCUGUGUGUUUCUGCACGUAUGAUAAUGUCUUCAAGACCCCAAAGCUGCUGGCGUGCGGGCACACAUUCUGCUUGGAGUGCCUUGCUCGCAUCAAUGUCACCUCCCCUGAGCUCAAGACCCUCUGCUGCCCCGUUUGUCGAGAGCUGACCGAGCUCCCCCACGGCCAGGACCUGCCUCGCCUUGGCAACAACCAGGACAUCAUCGGCAAACUGCCCCCAGACAUGCAGAGGGCGUUAUCCAUCCGAUUCAAGCGCAGUAAGGGGAAACUCCUGCUGAAGAACCCUCCUCCAAGCAGCCCCACCAAGCCGAGCAUCCUCACCCUGCCCAAAAAGAGCCAGGACGGUCAGAUGACCGCAGGCGGGGACGUCCACUUGGACGCGAUGGAACAGGGGAUAGCUCCAACCACAAUGGUAGAUGUAGGCAGGCCUCCAAACAGGGUCAGAGGUCGCAUACGCAGGUUGUUCCGCUCGGACCAGUGCUACUACGCCGUGGUGGCAACUAUCAUCACCGUCACUGUGGCGCUCAUGCUGGUGGGGAUUCUGGCCUUUGUGAUCAUACCCAACGUGAUCGUUCACCGGAGGCCUGAGACCCAAGCAGCUAACCAAACAGGAACUGAAGAUGUGUUUAAUCCAGGGGAACGUCCCUGAAUGCACCACAAGUGGACAGGCUGCUGUUAAAUGGGACAUCAAAGCAGACGGAGAGUUUCUGACUCCGGUGUUUUGAUUCUCAUGAUCCUUGAUGUCCUUGAUGAGUAAUGUUGGAGUGAAAUCAAAAGCACUGGGACUCAUUUAAACUGGAAUGAAAUGAAGGGAAACAAGGGCAGCAGCAUUUUUUGAAACAAAGGACAGUCAAACUCACAACUGCGCAUGAAGGAACGAGGGCAGACGUGCAUUAUUUUUGAACCAUGAUUGUGAUUACUGUGAAAGCCGAAAACAACACUAUUGUAAAGAAUCUGAGUGAUAAGCUGUACAUUUAAAAUGCACUCUGUGAAAUGAAGACUUUUAAGUAUUUAGGCUGAUUUCCAAAACAAGUUCAGGGUUUCUAGUUCUUCUUAAUUGUUUUAAAGACUAACUCAUUGUACAUAUACAGAGAUGAUUUAUAUAUUUCUCCUUUUCUUGAAUAAAGUGCUUUUUAUAC